AUGAGCUCAAUGCUUCUCUUCCGUGCGCUGGGCGUCCUCUUGGCCAGGCCAGCGAUCGCUUCCGAGAACGGCCUGCUCUACGUGUGCGACACCACCCGCCUGAGCUCCGAGAACCUGUGCUACUUCGUGGCGAGCAGCACCAACACCGUCGGCACAGCACCGCACAACGUGGACCUCAGCGUCGGGGCCACAGACAUGCGGAAGAUCGUGAACUCGCAGGGCCAGGACCUGGCCGUCACUCCGAAGCCGUGGACUGAGGGUGACGUCCUCGUGGCCUCCUCCACGGCCCUGACGGGGGACCUCCUCAACUACGUCAAGGCCUUCGAGAUGAUCGCUCCGCUCCGCGACGCGAUGAUGUACAACCCGAGCUUCGUCACGACGGAUGCCACGAUGUGGGCGAAGUUGACCAAGCCUCUCGCCGACUGCCAGGUGAAGACUGCUGACACUACUGCUACCCAUGGCACCGUCACCAUGACAGUCUACGGAACCGACGGCAUCUACGCGCUGAUGAAGAACCCAAACGGGGUGGAUAUCCAUCACUCUGUCUUGCAGUAUCUCGAGGAGGGCGCGAUCGACCUUGUGUGCCAGAUGACGACGUCCCUGACGAUGGACAGGUGCACCACCCAGCGCGCCCUCGGAGCCGCGUCCAACUGCUGGGAGGCUGGGUACAAUGCCAUCAUUGCGGACCCCACGGUCUACACAGCCGGGACUGCAAGCACCGGGAACACAACGUCCACGAGCUCGGCCGGCUCGACGUCCACGACGAGCACUUCUGGCGACACAUCCGCUAUGAUCAGCUCUGCGGGUGUGGCGAGUGUCGCUGUCAUCACGCAAGCGGUGCUUCUGCUAAUGAGUUGA